AUCAUAUGAUUAUCGUGCUGCCAUCGUGUUUUCAAAUUGUUUUUCGUCCACACGAAAACGCGUUUUUACUGCAUUUCCCCAGUUUGAAGAACUUUUUUGAAAAGUUCUGUUUUUCUUUAGUGUGGACGGUAGGUCUAACUGAAGAAAUAAAUUUCUCCGGCGCGGUGUGGACGCUGCUUACUUGAUUGUAUUACUUCUUUAUUUUGAAUAUUAUGCGCAGGACAGAUUGUUUACGUUCUAACGAACCACAAACAGAAUGUUUCAUCUAUAACUCAGUAAAUUUGAUGGCAAAUGUGUUAAAAUUGUGGAAUGUUCAACACGCUGGUCCAAAAUACGUCACAUUGUAUUAAUGUUUAAUUUCAAUGGAUCGAUAUAUAGCUUCCUUCUUUUCUGGUAUAAACGCUUUUCGGAGAAUUUUUACUAUGGGCAAUACAUCAACUAUAUUUUGGAGAUAGUUAAAAAAGAUCUCAUUUGAAUGUGUUCUAAUAGUUUUCGUAUUCGUGUUAAUUCUUCUCGAGUUCUACGCAACAAAUUAUCAAUUAAUAAAAUUUUCCAGCUUUACAAUGAGAGUGCUUUUAAGCCAAUCAGAUACUUCCAUGUAUUUCACCGCAGAUUGCAAAUGAAAACAACAAAUUUGUGAGAAAUAGGCUCAGUUUUGAACCGAGUUUCCUAUCUCCUUUUUCGACUGCACAUAACUUGCUAGCACUGGGUCAUGAUCUUUGAGUAAGAAGUACAUUUCUUUACGUCUUCAAGUAUUUUCGACGUAAUUAACGAGUUCGAAGAUUUACGUAAAAGCUUAAAAAUUGAAUAUAUAAAUGUGUUUGUGUUCAAAUUUGCGGUCACAGGAUAUUUGCUCUCACAGCUCAUAAAACUUGUUUUGUCUGACCGUGUAAAGGAGAUACUCCACCGGAAGAACUAAAUGAAGAAUUGAAAAGCUGUUUCACGAGCAUGGAAACUGACAGCGAAAAUGGAGACCAGGCAUCUCUAAGUGGAACCUCAGAGAUUCACGUGGUAGUAAUAGUCUUCCUGUUUGUGUUUUCGUUCUUGAUCCUCGCGGGGAACUUGUUAACAAUCGUAAGCAUCUUGCAAUUCACCAAAAGAAAGAACACGAUGAGUCUGCUAAUCAUCACCCUCUCGUUGACAGAAGUUUUAACCAUGUUUGGACCAAAUGCGAUCGCUUUGUACAUGUUCUUCGACAAAAACAAGGAAUUCGAAGACCUUUUUACUUUGUGCAGAGUUCAAGCUUGGUUAGUUGUGUUCCUUCGCUUCGCAGAAUCUUUGAUUAUCACUCUUCUGGCACUGGACAGAGUGUUCUUGACGGCUAUGCCUCAUUUUUAUCACAAGCAUUGGAAAGGAAAGUUGUUCGUGUUAUUUUUCUUUGGUGUUUGGAUAUGUGCAGCUUUCAUAGCGACAUGGCCCCUCCUGUGGCUCGAAGGUUUUCACGUUUCCAGUGACACUCAGGAAAUAUUUUGCCUAUUCCCUUACAACAAUUCAUUUGCGAGGUUUUUCGUCCUGUUUCUCUUGAGUCUGUUGGUCAUCUGCUGUUUUAGUUUUUACACAAUGUUUAGCAUGUCUAGCAAGAAAUCUUUCAGUACAAAGCUCUCUACAAACAAAGACCUUGCUUCUUCAAAGCAGCAAAUUGUAGCUAGAGAUGUUUACAGCAGCACCAAGGAACUUUCUCGAAUGGUGGCGUUGGUAGUCGUGAUAUACUUUUGCUCUAUUGUACCAUGGUUGGUGGCUGUUAGUCUUGGUAUUUUUGCGGUUGAGUAUCCGACACUUUUCGGCCUGUGUGCGAUUCAGUUACCGCUGAUCAGCGGUUUCUUGAAUCCUUUGUUAUACGGGAUCUUGUGGCCACCCUACAGGCGAGCUUACAUCCGGGCUUUAAGGUGGCCUGGGGUCAAGUGUUGUAAUAGGAAAAGUUCUUCUCAUACAAGGUCUCACACUCUGGACUGUAAGUAUUUAGGAAAAGUUGACGUGCUGUGUCGUCCGCCCAUAAGUGCGAGAAGACCCUUUCUCUGUCACGCAACGCUAGAUAGAGAGAGUACCUCUCCCAAAAGCGUAGCGUGGCGUGACAAUGAGAGUGCCAGAUGGACUACCAACACUCCGCCUUCAGACCACCGUUGCACCAAAGCUAGAAAAUUUUGCCUGUGCACAGGCUUAAGGUUAACCACAUUUGAAAGGAACGGUGAAUGGAAGACAAAUGUUACUUCUACAAAAUCUGUCGCCAAUUUAACUGAUCAUAACUGCUGUCUUGAAAAUUGCUUGUUCCUCCUCUUCGUAGCUGCCUUGAGUGCAAACCACAGUUUCUGGUUGUCAGAUGGCUUCGAAGAUGAGGACGCUGAUCACGAAAACGCUUUUCACAUUCUAUUCGGUCCUACGUCUUACAUUAAACCGCUGGACUUCAACCCGGAGGAGCUGCAAAUGUUUGAACAGGGUUCGAAGUUAUCCGGCUUUUCAAAAGCAAGAAGAGGUAUCCCUCAACAAACAAAAGUAAAAGCGGGGCGUGAACCCGGGGGAAACCAUUUCCAGAACAUUUUAGACCUUAUUGACGAAAUGACAGAGAAGAAUAGGAAAAACCACAGUGAAAUUGGACUCCCAGCGAACGUCGAAACAAGCAAACCUAAUGCUGAAGACGGUACACAUAACAGGUCAGCGGAUAAUGCCAGUGCUAGGCCUUGUCGUCAUUGUAGCGAUCUUGAAUUAUCGUUCGCUCAUACAAACUUCUCCUCUGGUGCACAUCAGUGUAGAGAGCACAGAAAUGGUUCUACAGGAUGCUCUUGUCUGGGGAAAUCCAAAUGCUAUAUGGUAGAAAGAAAGACACGUGAAAUGGAUUAUUUAGUGUCUAAAGAAACCAUGGAAAACAUCAGUUCUGGAGAAACUGUGACGAUUGAAAUAUAGUAAUUAAAGUCAUAAGUCUUUCAUUAGUGUGCAAGCACUUGACAUAAACUGAGGUGGAUGCUUUACUCACUGCAUGAUAGAAAUGAAUUUAACUACGCUGUGAUUUUUUUCUGAUACAAUUGCAGUUAAAUUGCUGCACCUGGUAACUAGUUGGAAAGGUUAAAAAUUGCACGAGUUCCGAGCAAAGUAAUAAAGUAAAUAACUUCUUGUGUGCAAGUCAGGAAAAUAGACUUUAAAAUAUUCCGAAAGUGGUUGCGGCCUCUGGAAUUGUAAUCCUCCAAGCUCAUAAAGUAAUAUAAAGAAGCUAUGGCCGGCUUAUAUAUAGAAAAGUUGCUCUUAGUCCACAGUGUUUAAUAACUCUCCGCACGCGCGUAUCUGCCCUCGAUCCCGUCAAGCCUCCCAAGGGAGAAGUUGUUAGCUUGGUCAGCAGGGACAGCUUUUUCCAUAUAAACGUUCGUCGUAAAAGAUUUAUGGAAGAGAGAGAGGUUGGGGGGGGGNGG